UAAAAAUGGGAUACAGUGUUCUACUUUUUGUGCCAAAUGUUAUAGGUUACUUUCGACUGUGUUUGUUUGGAGCCAGUCUUCCCUUCUUCACUGAGCCAGGAUGGUUUUUAGCUCUCUAUGGAACUUCUGUAGCCCUUGAUGGAUUUGAUGGAUAUUUUGCAAGGAAGCUGAAUCAGACAUCAAGAUUUGGAGCAUGGUUUGAUGUUGUCAUUGAUUUAAUCAGCAGAGGUGGAUUAUGGUGCCUGCUUUACAAGUAUGGGUAUUUUAUGAUACUUGUGGAAUGGUUAACAUUUACUGCGACCCACACCAGAGGAGCUAACUGGAAAAUUCCAGAUGAAGAAUUUCCUCAUCUCUGCAAAUUAGUUAUGGCAAAAGGUUUUAAAACUCCUUUAGGAUUUAUAGCUAUAUCAGGUGUACAUGGUCUACCUAUAGCUUUAUACUGUCAGCAGUUGGGCUUAUUUCAGUUGUUUCCUGUUCUGACUCCGACAGUUUUAUACCCAGUCAUCAUCUUCCUUAUUAUCGGGAGAAUCUUAGCAUUUAGAGUUGAGAUCUUUUAUAUACAGAGCCACAUAAAAGGUUUACUUUUGGAGGAAGAAAAUUCCUAGAAAAAAAGACUUGGAUCACAAUUGUGUACAAGUUAGUUGUUUUGCCAUUGACAAUCAUUUAAGUCAUAUAUAAAAUUACAAGUACGAGGGUUGAUCCAAAAGUAAUGUCACAACUUUGAUAAUAUUGCUAUAAAUAGACGUAAAGCAACAAAAUUAUACAUGAUGAAAGCUGUAUUUAUUUCAAAUCAGACCUGAAAAAUUCAAAGAAAUAUGAUGUAUACUUUUCAAAAUAUCAGAUUUUAAACAGUGCGCGUUUAUGUUAGUCGCCGCACCUAAAUAUAACGUACGUCAUAUGACAGAUUCAUACUGUCAUACUUUUGAGUGUUUCCCCUUUGUUUCAUUAAAAAAAUAUUCGUGAUUCGCAAACACUUUCACCAAUUUCACUUUCUUUAAGAAUUCUUGGUAUCAUUAUUCACUUACCGUUUUCAUAAAUAAGCCCUCUGUCAAAAUUUUUUGAACAGUAGUAUAAUACAAACUUAAAAAUUCACAUUUCACUCUAUACGUCUGUCUUUUUUGACAACGUCAGACACCAUUGAACGUUUAUGUUCGAUCUCCUUUCUUUCGGUCUUCUUGUCCUCUGCUUAUCAUUCAAUGACCAAUCAUCCGCCCAAAAUUGCUGAAACCAUCUACAUGUAUAAAGAUGUCUCUUAUUUACCUUCUUUAUUCUGUAAGUCUGAUUGAUUAAGGAAAAUGUCGCUAGUGAUGAUUCAUAUAUUUUGAAGCAAAAAUACAUUACAACUCGUAGAGCCUUUUUCCCAAUUUUGACAAUUCCUUUGUACAACAGAGUUAACAAGAAUGUUUAUGAUCACAAAUACCAAUGCCGUCAUUUAAUUUUCAAUUAAAGACUAGAAAAUAACGAGAAUUGUGUCUUUAAAAUAUUUGGGAAA